GAAAACGCAGCACCGGUUCAGCUUCUAAGUGAGGAGCAAGUUGAGGGACUGACAGGCAGGACGCUGAGUGUGGAGUGAUCAAAAUGAGCUCUCCAGCUGUGUUUUUAUUACAAUGUUAGACUGAGCUAAUAAUUUGAAGCUUGGCCUAGAAGACGUGACAUUAUUCUGUCGCCCUAAUGUUUUGGGUUUUGUUUGGUUUCUGUUGUCGUUCGGAGAAUAGUAAGCGGCGUCAUUUAAUGUAAUUGUGCUGACCGUUGUUUGAAGUGUUUAACGUUAGCCAACUAACCGGUCCAAUUAAUCGACGCCAUGAUCCCCGAAUGCCCGCUUGCCGGGGACUCGAGAAGCAGAAGCCGCCUUCAUCACAACCACGCAGCUGGACCGAGCCAGAGCCGCAGUGUCAGCGGCUUGUUGUCCGAAAUCCAAACCGCCAUCCACAACGAACCUUUCGCCGACCACUACACUGUUAUUCCCGGCAGAGAGCUCGGAAGGGGAAAGUUUGCUGUGGUCAGAAAGUGUGUGGAGAAGUGCACGGGUCAUGAGUACGCUGCUAAGAUAAUGAGGAAGAGACGGAAAGGGCAGGACUGCCGGAUGGAGAUCAUCCAUGAGAUUGCACUACUUGAACUGGCCAGCGCCUGUCCCCAUGUGGUCAACCUCCACCAGGUCUACGAGAUGGCUUCAGAGAUGGUGCUAGUUCUGGAGUUUGCGGCUGGAGGAGAAAUUUUCAAUCAGUGUGUGUCAGACCAAGAGGAUGAGGCCUUCAGUGAGGAAGAUGUGAAGAGGCUCAUGAGACAGAUCCUGGAGGGAGUGGCCUUCCUCCACCAGAACAAUGUAGUUCAUCUUGACCUAAAGCCUCAGAACAUCCUGCUGACGAGCACUUCUCCUCUGGGUGACAUUAAGAUUGUGGACUUUGGUCUGUCCAGGAUGGUCAGCAGCCACCAAGAACUAAGAGAGAUUAUGGGAACCCCAGAGUAUGUUGCUCCUGAGAUUCUGAAUUAUGAGCCAAUAAGCACAGCAACAGACAUGUGGAGUGUUGGUGUGCUGGCAUAUGUGAUGCUCACAGGAAUCUCUCCAUUCCUGGGCGAAGACAAGCAGGAGACGUUUCUCAACAUUUCCCAGCUCAGUGUGAGCUACAGUGAUGAGGAGCUUCAGCAGCUGGACCCAGCUGCUCUGUCCUUCAUCCAAAUGCUGCUCCGCAAACACCCACAGGAGCGGGCCACAGCCGAGCACUGUCUCACACAUCCGUGGCUUCAGCCCACUGAGCCUCAGGACAACCAGACAGUGGAGGAGAUCCUCUCUGUGGAGGAAGAGCCCAGCUCCACCAGCAGCUCCACCAGCAGUCCCGAACCUCCCACAAGUACAAGCUCAGCUGAGGAAGAGGAUGCAGGGGAAGUUCAUGGCCCGCUGACAGAGGAGCUGAUAGUCAUGGCAGCCUACACCCUGGGUCAGUGCCGUCAGUCCUCCGCCUCCAGCGUGGAGGAGGCGGCCCUGACUGCUGAGCAGAAAGCCAUUUCCAAACGCUUCAAGUUCGAGGAGCCCUUCAGUGCUCUGCAGGAAGUCCCUGGAGAGUUCAUCUACUGACCCAUUACACGCACCAGCAAUCUCACCGAGGACAACUUAGUGCUGUCACAUUACCACACAAACCCUCUUAAAUAUAUACUGUAAGUAUAUAAUCAGA